AAAAAAAAAAAGAAAAGAAAGAAAUCUGAUCAGUUUGGUUGAGAAUAAGAUCAGAUCGGGGCGUACUGAAGAAGAUGUGCUGCAGCGGCGAAGAUGGAGAUUGCAGGCCACUGGGCUUCCUUCUGGGCUUGCCUUUUGCCUUCGUCUCCCUCAUCAUCUCCCUCGUCGCCAUACCCAUCUGGAUCCUCGGGUUGGCAUUGAGCUGUUUGUGCCCAUGUUGUCUUUGCGUGACGGUGGUGGUGGAGUUGGCGUUGGAGCUCAUCAAAGCCCCUUUCAAAGUCAUGAAAUGGUUCACUUCUAAGAUCCCUUGUUGAUUUUCUUUCAUCUUCAUCACCCCUGCCCUCUUUCUUUUUCUUCUUUUUUUUUAGUGGAUUUGUUAAUUAUAAAUGUUAUAUUUGAUGAUUUUGUUGAUUGUUUAGGUUUGUAUUUUAUUAACCAAUCACCAAAAAAAAUUUAAGGGUAUUAGUAGAAUUUAUGUAUAGUAAUGUAAUGCUAAUCAGUUUUAUUGUUAGUUUUUUUUUGCUUUCUUCAAAUAAAGAUAAAGUCUGUUG